GGCUGCCAGAGACAGGGCUGCAGACUUGAUCUCUCAUCUAUCGGUCAGGGGAGACGUUGGUGGGACGUUUGUCUCCGCGUCCCUCCGUGUGAUUCAGUCCUUCCUUCCCAUCACGGUGUGAACGGCAGCUGCUUCACCACCACCAACCACCCCCCCUUUUCUACUCCUCCUCUUUCUCUCUACGUGUGAGCGUGUGUGUGUGAGCGUGUGUAUGUGUGUGUGAGUGUGAGUGUGAGUGUGUGUGUGUGUGCAGGAAGACGAGGCGGCAGGCAGCAGGAAGCACCAAGGACGUCCUUUUUCCAGCCCCGGGAUCCAGCUGGAGAUGCGAGGGAAGAGCAGUUAGAUUCGCCUGUGCUGCCUUGUGCCUGCUGCGGGAUAACUUCGCUCCGGAGGCUGCUGCAGCUGAAGCUCCGCUCCCCCACCACCCCCCCACGAUCCUCGCCCGGUGCGUGUCACAGAGUGAAGCCGGAUUUCGGAGCCUGUCGCCGGGACGGAGAUCUGACAACAAAGGACUUCCACUUUUCCUGCAACUAUUGAAUGUAACAUUGCUCGGAUAAAGAAGGCAGGGAAUUAAAAGCCAUCAUCAUGAAUUUCGUUAUGAAACAAGCGUUGGGAGGGGCCACCAAAGACAUGGGCAAGAUGCUCGGUGGGGAAGAGGAGAAGGACCCGGACGCAUCCAAGAAGGAGGAAGAAAGACAAGAGGCGCUGAGGCAACAGGAGGAUGAGAGGAAGGCCAAAUAUGCAAAAAUGGAGUCAGAGAGAGAAAACAUCCGACAGGGCAUCAGGGACAAGUAUGGCAUCAAGAAGAAGGAGGAGAAGGAGGCCGAGGCGGCGGCUGCGAUGGAGCAGGCCUCCGAGGGCAGCCUCACCCGCCCGAAGAAGGCGGUGCCCACCGGCUGCGGCGACGAGGAGGAGGAGGAGAGCAUCGUGGACACGGUCAUGAAGUUCAUCCCGGCCCCGCUCAUGGAUAUGUUCAAUAAAAAGUAAACAGUGUUUUGGCGUGAAAUAUGAAUAACUUCCUACGACAAUUCAUCUAACCAAUGCUGUACCGCCCCUCCCCCACACGCCCAAACCUGCAGUCACACUUUUCUUCAGCCCCCCCCACCUCCCGACCCAUUCAGCCCGACUUCUAAGUGUCCUGGAAUAUUACAACACGUCAUGACUUUGCCUUUGAGUUCAAGUAUCUGAUCUCGGAGGGGUGGUACCUACUUUUGAAUCUCUCGUACAGAGAAUCCUUUAUUGAUAAUCACAGAUUUAAAAAGUUCGUAACACCCCCACAGAUCCAGCGUCUUUACCUCGAGGCAAACUCUGUGUUCUCUAAACGUCCGGCACUUAGAAGAAGACCAGACAUCAUCCGUCAUCCACCAUCACUUUUGUUUGUAAAUAGACUCGGGUUAUAAAAAAAAGAGAACUAUAUAUGAGUGAAAUAUGACGUAUAACAAGAUGACUGAGAGUAUAAGCCAUAUUUUUAACUUUUAAGAAAUUAUCCAAAUCAUAUCAAAAUUUGAUUGAAUUUUCCUGUUUUGUGUUUGCUAAUAUUUGAUACAUACGAUGUAUAUAAAUACAUUUUUAUUGGUUCUCCAUUGUGAGGAUUCACCCCAUAAGCUGUCAUUCAUGUUCUCAUUGGUUUACUGUGAACGUGUGCGAUGAGCGCUGGUGAACACAAACAUCUGGAAACAUCUGGAAAACCAGAAAGUGAAGGACUUCCUAUUAUUUUAUUGAUUUAAACUUGUUUUGAGCAUGCAGUAAACUGGUGAAGUGAAGUGCACACGUGGAUACCAUUUGAUUUAUUAUGACGAAGCAAAACACAUUGAUAUUUGAGGCAAUAACUGGUUUUCCAUUUUUAAUUGAACGACGUCUUGUCCAGCACGUACAGUUGGUGAUAACUGACUCUGUGUCUGAAAUGUUCUUCCAUGGGGAAAACUACAAAUACAUGUUCUCCAUAGUUCUCCAGAGUUCGUCUCAAACCCGUCAGAUGAAAAUCUUUCUACAAAUUCACUUGCUCUAAAUGUUUGUGGUUUUAAAAGUUCAGUUUUGUCCUGUGGCGGGUGUCGCUCACUCUGCUUUUGCAAUAGGACGUUUGUGUUGACGUUUUCAUGAUUCUUCUGUAAAAGAAAAAAGAAACUUCACAAACACAACUACGUUGUGAACACACUAUGUGAACAGACAGUGACAAUAGUGCAAUAUAUUGUUCAGAAAAUGAGGUUGUCCUGUGUCCGUUGGUUUAACUGAAUCAGCAAUAACAGACAAUCUUCAUUGUUGUGUGUUUAAACUUACUCCUUAAUGUGUUAGUCGAUGUGAAGGACACACACGUGUGUCUGCAUAGUGACGGUGAAGUGUGUGUGGCUCCCACAUGUUUGGUUAUAACAGAGAAAAGGGGGAAGGUGGGACCGUUUGUUUCAUGUUGUCAAAAAUUCAGUCACGUCACAGAACAGCGAGCGCAAAGCAGAUUUGUGUUUUCGGAAUCACAAACCCAAAGGUGAAUCAAACUGCAGGUUUCCAGAGGCAGACAUCAACAUGAACAUGCUCCAUGACCGCGAGACACACAAACUGUCCACCUGUUGGACGGCGUCCAGCUUGUCCCGCAGGUGGACACGUGUAAUGGCACAAAUUUAAAAGGAGGGUCAUCGGAGGAUAAAAUCUCGUUUCUCUCCAUUUGCCUUGUUUCUCUCUCUCUCCUUCAUUCCACAGUGUCUUGUUAAAACAUUCCAGAUAUUUCAGACAUUCCACCAGACUUGAGCUGGUAACACACUCGAUGCCGUGUUAGCCUACGAGUAGAAAAACAAUGAAGAAUAUAAAAUUUGAUGUUGUGUGAAAAAUAGAACACUAGAGUGAAUCAAAUAUACACAGAGAUUCAUCACAUGACCACGACAGUGAUUCAAAAGAGACGAACCCCCACACUGAGUCAAAGCUAAAUGUGCUACACUAGCCGUGAUCAGUUUGCCUUGUGAUGAAUUUUGUUAUGAAACGUCUUUGUGAUCCGCACAGUAGCUGUACGUGUAUUUAAGGUUUUCUAAACUCUUUUGCCACAUUCUGACUGUUUUUACUGAUCUAGACAAACACGAAGUUACACUUAUCCAGAGCGUGUGCGUUCCCCCGCGGCGUAGACGAGGGAGGUUUAGCUUGUUUUUCCCGGCUUCUUUGUGACCUCUGUAAUCACGAUGAGUGUAUAUUUAAAAAGACUUCCGGUGACCGAGUGUGGUAGGGUCGCCUGUAGAGCACGUUUACUGACCGUCCUGUGCUUUUAAUGAGCUGCCUUCGCUAGUUUAAAACGGCGUGUUAGCACUUAGUUUUGCAUUCGAGGAUUACGGACCAUUCAUCAACAGCAUCAGAGCAUUAUCCAAUCAAACCAAAGAAUAGUGCUGGUAGACGUAGGCGAGUAGUUUCAUUCUCAUUUAAUCUCUGCAUCGUAUUUAUUUUAGAGUUCUCAGGUAAUCGAGCUUUAAGUUGAAACAGACGUUUAAACCAUAUUUAGGCAGUUUUCCUUGAACCAACUUUAAUCCACGAAUGUCAUAUCUAUCGUUUUGGUCCAAGAAUACUCCAGAAAGCUACAAUUACUGCCCCUGUAUAGGACUUCAUCAGCGUGUGUGUCCAAGCGAGUCUUUUUUCCAAACCCGUCGUGCGCUGAAAAACCCCCAGAUCAUCCUCCGCAUCCCAUCCAGCCGACGCCAUCGCAAACCCCCUUCAUCAUCACCUCGUAAACGCCAAUUGGUCGCGCUCCAAAUGGCUUCAGAGACCACUGCCCCGAACCAACACUGCCCAAGUCGUGCGUAAUCACUAGCGUGUCGUCUCGUAGAACGCCGCCCACUUUCAGUUCGGAGUCACACGUUUGAUGUGAUUUCAAAAAAAAUAAUACUGCCUGAAAAAUACACCUCUUUACGAGAAAAUACUCCUUUCGAUGUGACUUGAAUGUAACUGUCCGAUGUUUCUCUCUCUCUCUCUCCCCUCGCGUCCGUCUGUUCUCUGUUCUGUGCGUGUUGAGAAGAUUCUUACGCUGGUGCAGUGGUUUUCUCCUUCUCGUCCGUAGCCGGUCUCGUUUCUGUCUGGUUUGGUAUUUUGAGGAAAAAAAAAAAACGAAAACACACAAAAAAACUAAACAAUGUUGAUUUGGUGCAUUUUUUUCUACUGCGAAAUCUUCUCUCUCCCCCCCCCCCCCUUCUCUGCCCCUCUCUCUAUCUUCCUAUUUGUUGACAAAAAUGUAUGCAUGCUUAUGGUGUGCGAUGUAGGCAAGGUUGUUGAUAUACUCGUUGCGUGUCCUCUGUGUGUUUUCAAAGCUCCACCUGUUAGCCUCACUGCAUGCCAUUCUAGACAGAUAUUUCAGUCUGUAACUUUCCUGCAAAAAAUGGAAUCACCGAACACACUGAGAAUAAAGUGAUUUCAUAUAAUUUU